AUGAAGCUCGACCAGUCUUCGGCGAACGGACGACAGUUGCAGCUAUGGAGACACCGAGGAAACGCUCGUCAUCACUUUAUCCAGCGAGCAUUGGCAUGUGAAGCGUCAGGCUGUAGCUUGGUAGAACUAGUAAAGGGGGGACUGGAAUGUGUUGGGGGGGGGGGGGAGGGGGGUUCCUUGUGCUCUAGCUCUUCGCGAGGAUGCCACAGGAGGGCAGGACGGCGCCUUGGUCUAAGCAGCUGCGGGUCGCGGCUGCCAGGUGAAAAGGGUGCUCUUAGCUUCGGCAUUUGUGAAUGGGGCACAGUGUGGCUUGGAUCCGGCCUGGGCUUGCGUUUGGGAAUGCGUAAAGUGGCGGGGACGGUUCUCAAUGGUCCAGUUGGAAAAGGAGUCUGUUUGGCAGGAGGUCUGGUCCUGACCUUGGCGGGCCCAGUAGGGGAUCUUGGUGAUGGAGUUGAGAAAAAGAUGCGUAAAGCAAGAGCCGGAGGAGCAGCAGCAGCAGAAGAAGAAGGAGAGGGAGGAAGUGACUCUGGACCCAAACGCCGCAGCUCGUCGCCGAACAAACCUGAUCUGUCGCAGCGACGGAGAUGGACAAACAUACUCCUCGGGGUGAACAUCGUGUAAGCAACCUAAUCAACUUCUCCAAGCGCG